UCUUAUCUCGCGUACGCUUAUCUUCAGUCGUGGUCUGCUGUUCAAUCGAGGCAGUUGGAACUUCGAUCUCAUCCGCCUUUCGCGCGCCAAUUUUUCCAGUUGCGCCUUCUCCCGCCAAAGCACAACAAUGGAACGAUCAUUGCUGAGCGUCCUGCUUCUUGGUCUGGGCUUCAUGAUGUUGUUUACGGCCUUCCAAACCAUGGGUAAUAUUGAGAAAGUCGUCAUCGACAGCAUUGCCAGAGACGAUAGCAGCUUCACGGGUGACGGUUAUGUCAGUCUCUCCAUUAUUUAUGCAACUUUUGCCAUAUGCAACUGGAUAGCGCCAUCUGUAGUAGCCAUUUUAGGACCCAGAGGAGCUAUCGUUGUGGGAUCUCUCACAUAUAGCAUCUUCACUGCUUCUUUUCUCACCCCUAAAACCUGGCUUCUAUAUGGUUGCAGUGCCCUUUUGGGGCUUGGAGCGGCCAUCACGUGGAAUGGACAGGGAGUUUAUCUAUCACGGUGCAGUAAUAGUGCAACCAUCUCACGGAACAGUGCCAUCUUCUGGGCAAUGCUGCAAGCCUCAAUGUUAAUAGGCAAUACAUUUGUUUGGCAUGAAUUCAGCGGACUAACUCAGGUGAAUGUCGAGACCCGAACUCUUCUCUUUGCUGUCCUCGUGGCCAUGGCACUGUUAGGCGUAGUUACACUGUUCGCACUGCCCAAGCAUGUAGCACCGCAGUCAUCAGCACGACCAUUGGCGGAAUUCAAGGCAGCAGCUAAGAUGGCGGUGAGUCCUGAAAUGGCUCUCCUCAGUACUACAUUUCUUUACACAGGACUCGAAUUGUCCUUCUUCAGUGGUGUUUAUUCUCCUACGGUAGGCUUUACAACGGCCCUAGGCGCUAAGCAUUUGGUCGGCCUGAGUGGCGUCUGCAUUGGCCUAGGUGAAGUUGUAGGUGGCAUUGCAUGUGGAGUGGCAGGCGGUAGAUGGCGUCGUGAUGUGAUAGUAUUCUGUGGAUAUGUGGUCCAUGGAAUAGCCUUCGCAGCAGCUCUUAUAAACCUUCCGGAUAGUGCUGUCUUCGGAGACACUGAAGCGCUAUCCCUGUUGGUUCCACCAUCUGCCACUGUUGCACUUUUGGCGGCAUUCCUGCUCGGUCUAGGCGAUGCCUGUUUCAACACUCAAAUUAUCGCCAUGCUAGGAGGUGUUUUUGCCUCUAAAUCUGCUGCGGCAUUUGCUCUGUUUCGGUUUAUGCAAUCCUCCGCAGCUGCAACUAGCUUUGCUUACUCCACAGUGUUUGGAUUGCGGACACAACUCGCCAUCCUAGCCACUGCUGGUGCAAUAGGAACACUGGCCUUCUGGCGUGUUGAAUGGAGGACAAGGGUAGCUGAAAUGGGGAUUGAAGAGGCGGAAAAGAAGAGGCUGCCAGAGCAUCAAGUCGAAUAGCACUAAUUAGGGGAGUGGGGUGGAUCUAAAAUAAAUCAACUAGUUUGAUAAGAAUUAAUACCUAAUUAAAAACAUAUCAUAACACCAA